AUGGAUAUCGUUUAUCACCCCGGCGUAAACGGGUCCGAUCCGGUCGUCGAGUUCUACCCGUAUACUCCUUCAGCUACGGCAGGGUAUGCAUUCAUGGCCAUAUUCGGGCUUGCAACCAUCGUUCACAUCGUGCUCACGAUUCCAUUUCGCGCUGCAUACUUCAUACCCCUGAUAUUAGGAGGGAUAUGCGAGACAUUCGGUUAUUACGGACGAGCAUGGUCUCAUGAAUCCCGGUUUGAAAUUAAAUCUUGGGCACUACAAGAAAUGCUCAUUCUCUGCGCACCACCUCUUGUCGCCGCAACCGUAUACAUGGUCCUUGGACGAAUUAUCCGCUCCUUCGAAGCAGAGCACCUCUCUAGCAUGCGCGUCAAAUGGCUCACAUUCGUCUUUGUAAUGAAUGACAUCCUCUGUUUCUGCACACAGCUCGGCGGCGCCGGUGUUCAGGUCACCGGAGACGCUCAGAUCAUGAGUAUCGGCAAGAAAGUUGUACUUGCGGGGUUAAUCUUCUCACUCAUUGUCUUUGCCUUUUUCAUUCUGAUCGCCGUCAAGUUUCAUCGUCGUCUCCAACAAGCACCGACACCGCUUUUGAUUAUGAAUCCCGAUCUCAAAUGGAUGCCGUACAUGUGGGCGAUGUAUGUCGCUUGUUUCGCCAUGAUGAUUCGCAAUUUGGUUCGGACGAUCCAAUUCGGUGCGCCUCGGACGACAGACGUCAAUACGAAGGAGGCGUAUAUUUACGUCUUUGAUGCGUUUCUAAUGUUUCUUUCCAUGCUUGUUUUGAUCGUUUACCACCCGGGGAAGCUCAUCAAAAAGGCCCGUCGAUUAGCAAAGGCCGGUGCAUUCGAUCGUUCUCUCCACACUGAUCGCGAUUCGACACAGGUUCCACUGACUCAGUGGGAGCCACGGCCGAUGCAAGAGACAUGCUGA